GCUGCAUUAGCGCUCCGUCCUUGCUCCGGGACACGCGGUGUGGUUGCUAUGGCGGCGGUUGCCGAGGCGACGACAGGAUGGUGUCUCCUAUUGGUGCUGAGCGCUGCGGAGCUCGCGGUCGCGCAUCACCCGCAACCCCCUAACAUCGUGCUUCUGCUCAUGGAUGACAUGGGUUGGGGCGACCUGGGAGUGAAUGGAGAACCUUCCAGAGAGACCCCAAAUCUGGACAGAAUGGCUGCAGAAGGGAUGCUUUUCCCAAACUUCUAUUCUGCCAACCCUCUGUGCUCACCAUCUAGGGCGGCCCUGCUCACAGGACGGUUGCCCAUCCGCAACGGUUUCUACACCUCCAGUGCACAUGCCAGGAACGCAUACACACCACAGGAGAUCGUGGGUGGCAUUCCUGACUCGGAGCAUCUCCUACCCGAGCUCCUGAAGGAGGCUGGCUACACCAGCAAGAUCGUGGGCAAGUGGCAUCUGGGUCACAGGCCCCAGUUUCACCCUCUGAGGCAUGGAUUUGAUGAGUGGUUUGGAUCCCCCAACUGUCACUUUGGACCUUAUGACAACAGGGCCAAGCCCAACAUUCCUGUGUACAGAGACUGGGAGAUGGUCGGCAGAUUCUAUGAAGAAUUCCCAAUUAACUUGAAGACCGGAGAAGCCAACCUCACCCAGCUGUACUUACAAGAAGCCCUGGACUUCAUUGAGAGGCAGCACACCAGGCAGCGCCCCUUCUUCCUCUACUGGGCCAUUGAUGCCACACAUGCACCUGUUUAUGCCUCAAGACCUUUCUUGGGUACCAGUCAGCGAGGGCGGUAUGGUGAUGCUAUUCGGGAAAUCGAUGAUAGUGUUGGGAAAAUCCUGAGCCAUCUGCGGGGCCUGGGCCUCGAGAAGAACACGCUUGUCUUCUUCACAUCUGACAACGGUGCGGCCCUCAUUUCUGCUCCCGAGCAAGGUGGCAGCAACGGUCCCUUCCUGUGCGGGAAGCAGACCACAUUUGAAGGUGGGAUGAGAGAGCCUGCGAUUGCGUGGUGGCCUGGGCACAUUGCUGCAGGCCAGGUCAGCCACCAGCUGGGCAGCAUCAUGGACCUCUUCACCACCAGCCUGUCUCUCGCAGGCCUGAAGCCUCCCAGUGACAGGGUGAUUGAUGGCCUCGACCUCCUCCCCACGAUGCUCCAGGGCCAGAUCAUGGACAGGCCUAUAUUCUAUUACCGUGGCAACACACUGAUGGCAGUCACUCUUGGCCAACACAAAGCCCACUUCUGGACUUGGACCAACUCCUGGGAGGAGUUCAGACAGGGCAUCAACUUCUGCCCUGGGCAGAAUGUCUCGGGAGUUACGACCCACACCCAGGAAGAGCACACAGAGCUGCCUCUGAUCUUCCACCUGGGACGAGACCCUGGAGAAAGGUUCCCGCUCAGUUUUGCCAGUGCCGAGUACCAGGAUGUCCUUGACAGAACCACCCAGGUCGUCCGGCAGCACCAGGAGGCCUUGGUCCCAGGACAGCCCCAGCUCAAUGUGUGUAACCAGGCUGUCAUGAACUGGGCACCCCCAGGCUGUGAAAAGUUGGGGAAGUGUCUGACACCCCCGGAGUCUGUCCCUGAGAAGUGUUCCUGGCCCCAUUAACCAGCACAGACAGGAAUCUCCAGCCAGCCGUGCAAGUGCUCAGGCCUCAGGACUCACACAGGUUGGAGGAGUCCCAGCUGCCUUCUACCACUGGGCAGGAAGCCCCAACGAGCAGCAGGGCCUCAAGAUCAUAGCUUUUAGAAACCUGGCCAUGGAAUCCACUCCUCAUUCCUGCAGCCCACCUUCCCAGUUGGCUGUUAAGAAGCAUCUGGCCUUGUCUAGGGCCCAGUGCUCUAUCUCAGGGUCUGGAGUGCUGCUGCCUUGCCAUCACAGGCAAAAGUGAAAAUUCAGUACUGUGAAGAAGGGCCACCACCCACCCAGCCGUCAGGACCCCACCCAGCCAUCCUCCCUCUUCUCUCUGGCUGCAGACAGGAGUGGUGGUAGAGACAUCAUCAUGCCACCCCACCCAAGGGGAAAGCAGAUGUGGCUGUUUCACAGAACUGUGAAGAUGAUAUCAUCCUAAGUUUCUGGCCUUGGCCCAGCACACUGUGGGACUACUCUGCUGCAUCUGCCACUGUCCCAUGCAGGUCUCCAGAUUGGGUUUCCAAGACCCUGUCCCUGAGGAUUUGCCUGCCAGGAGCAAGUUUUCACAUCUGCAAUGACUGUCGGGCCAAAGCUGAACUGUAAAGGUUGGAAAUCAUGAAGAGACCUAGAAUAAAGAGACAGGAGGUGUGUUAAUUA